CCUGUCUGCCUUAUAAUUGCCGGCAGUGGCGAGGCGAAAAUGGCACGUCUCUUUCUUCCAGGCCUCCGUCGACUGCCGUGCUUAAGUAGCUGCAGCGGCCUAGCAGGAAACUCUGUCUCCGGCUGUGACCCAUGGCCAGGACCGGGUUCUGCGACUCCAUGCCUCUGCUGGACUUACACAAGGCGGACGAGAGGCGAGCCCCUUUAAGAACUUGGGCAACUGCCUGUGGGGCCACUGAUUUUGUGCAGCCUAUGGAAAUGUCAGCGUCCAGGAUGGUCGCCGUGAAAAGGAAUUCGGAACAUGAACGGGAGAGGAUGUUAUCAGCCCAAACGAGCAACGGCGUCUUUGAAGCGUGGACAUACUCAGCUGGUGGCAUCAUCCCUGCCAAAGCAGAUGGAUGUCUGGAGGAGCAUUCCCUUUACCCUCGCAGCCUGCAGGGUCUACACAGCCUGCAGGUCCUCAUGCCCAGUCUGUUGCGCCAUGAAGUGGAGAUGGCCCUUGAGAAGCUGGACCUCGUAUUGGACCGGACAUAUGCCUGGGAAAUGUUCUCGGACAUGAUGAGAAGUCAAAAAUGGAACUCUUUGCCCAACUCUGAGCUGCUGCGACACUUCACUGACGCCACUCGUGCUGUGCUGGUAGACUGGCUUAUUCAAAUCCAUGAGCUCAUGCAUUUCCAGGAGGAGACACUCUAUCUGGCCAUCCACCUCCUCAACCGCUCCCUGUGUCAGCUGAAGGUGACCACAGCCAACCUGCAGCUCCUGGGCAUGGUCUGCCUCUUUCUGGCUGCAAAAAAAGAGGAGUCUCUCCUCCCUGAGGUGUCUGGACUUUGCUACCUGAUGGACCACGCCUACACCAAGCAUCAGCUGCUGCGCAUGGAGCGAAAAGUCCUCAGCGGACUUAAAUUUAACUUGUCUUACUGUCAGCCUUUGUAUUUCCUCCACUUGCUCGCCUCCAUCGCACGCUGUAGUGCUCAGAUGACGUGGAUGGCUCGCUAUCUGCUGGAGCUGUCGCUCUUCGAGGGCCAGUGUGUGGUGUUUCUGCCUGUGCAGCUGGCAGGAGCGGCACUCUGCUUGGCCCGCCAAGUCCUGCAAGAACCCCCUACACCAGAAGGCGAGGCCGCCUGGUGUCUGGCUUCCAGUAUCUAUGUCAGCAGUGAGGCCGUCCUGUUGCGGAUCAUGCAGAUCCUGGCCGGCGCUGCAGCCAGAGCUCACACCCGAGAGACCUGCGCUACUUUUAUUAAAUUCUCCUCCCCUGAAACCAUGCACAUCAGCAGACACACUGCUCUCAAGCAGGCAUCUGCUCUGCUGGGCGUGUGCACUUAAUUUGUGUCCUAACACUACACGAUGAUGACACAGGGGCCUGCGGGAGUUUGUUUGACCGGGUAUGCCAAGGGGAGGAAGAAGUGUUAAUAUGUGAUGGCAAACAUUGUUACCAGGACGUUUUACGAUCUUAUCUUGCAGCUGAUUUAGGAAGUAUUUGAAUUGUAUUGGUGUCUGUCAUGUGUAGAGAGAAUGUGGCCUGUCAGUGAAAUUUAUUGUUCCAAGUUUUAAUGUUAAAAUAAAGAGUC